CUGAGGACCUGAGAGGUUACACCUGCCCCUCCUUCCUGCCUGAGUGACGAGAGGUGCCCCAGCCACACGCACUGUGUGUGAAACCUCAGGUUCACAGUCUGGAUAUGUUUAGUUACGGUGUUUCCAAACAGGACAUUCGUGAGCAGAUCUGGGACUACAUGGAAUCACAGAAUAUAGCUGACUUUCCCCGACCUGUCCAUCACAGGAUUCCCAACUUCAAGGGCGCUUCUCGUGCCGCUGAGCAUUUCCCACGCUUGCGGGAGUUCCAAAUGGCCAGAACCGUUAAAGUCAACCCUGAUGCUCCCCAGAAAAACGCUCGCUUCUUCGUCCUCGACAGCAAGAAAAUGUUGUUGGUCCCAACACCACGACUGAGAACAGGGCUGUUUAAUAGGAUCACCCCACCCCCUGGGGCGACCAAAGACGUCCUGAGGAAGUGUGCCACCUCGCAGGGCGUGAGGAACUACAGCGUCCCCAUGGGCUUGGACUCCAGGGUCCUCGUGGACUUAGUCGUGGUGGGGUCUGUCGCCGUUUCUGAAAAAGGCUGGAGGAUUGGGAAGGGAGAAGGCUACGCCGACCUUGAAUAUGCCAUGAUGGCGUCCAUGGGAGCAGUCAGCCAGGGAACGCCAGUGGUCACCAUCGUCCACGACUGCCAGGUUGUCGACAUACCUGACGUGCUCAUGGAGGACCACGACCUCACAGUGGACUACAUCCUCACUCCGACGAGAGUCAUCACCACAGGGUGCACGCGCCCCAGACCAGCAGGAGUCGUGUGGUCUAAGAUCAGCUGUGAGAUGAUGGGGAGAAUCCCGAUACUCAGGAGCCUCCGCUCCCGAGAGAAGCAGGCUGGGAAAGAUGUCACCCUUCAGGAUGAGCACCAGCACGCGGUAGAAACCCGCAGCCCACACACAGCCCCCCCAAGCGCUGUCAGAAGACCCUGCGACCCACCACAGCCGGAGGUAGGGGAGGACGUGCCUUCCAACUCUGUCUACGUUGGGAACCUCCCCGGGGACGCCCGAGUGAGUGAGCUGAAGAUAGCCCUCGGAGAGCGUGGCGUGGCCCCACUGUGGCUCACCUGGCAGGGGCCACAACACAGGGCCUUCCUCCACUACCCGGACCCAGCCGAGGCCCAGCGGGCCGUCUCCUGUCUGCAGGGCUUACACCUGGGUGCCAACACCUUGAGGGUGGCGCUGGCCAGGCAGCAGAGGACCCGAGACCUGACCGGCGGCCGUGUUGGAGAGCUGCACCCUGACUGUUUCCCCACCAUCUGACCUGUAACACGUGGAACUUCAGAGACCUGCAUACUGGGGGUGUGGUGGGGCUGUUGCUACAUGAGCUGCAUUGGCCAAGUUCAGUCCUUUCUAGGAAGUUGUGCCCUUCAGUGCCUACCUGGUGGUCUCCUGUUGAGAAGGGGAAAUGAACCAGGAGUACGCUUGCUCCGUUUAGGAGGCGGAAAGCUCGGUGUGUUCAGUUCUGGUUUAUCGUGGUCCUUUAGCCUAUUCAACGUUCCGGCUGUGCUGGCUUCUCUGUAGAGGCAGCGUUUGAGAGUGUUCAGGGGACCGACUGAGCAAUAAACAAGCGGGAGUAAAUGGGGGCAGCGAUUUAAGAGAGUUCGUGUCUGGAUUUGAGGGCAGUGAGGGAUGAGGAGGGGAUGGACAGAGGGUCCUGCCAGGAGAGGUCUUGGCGGGCGCCCAAGGCAGGAGCACAGUGGGGCAAACCAGAAACCACGCUUGUGCCCCGGAACCCUUGGCCUGGCGCUGCCGGAGGGGACAGCCGUGUUCAGUUCGCAGACGCCCAGUACUUCAUUCAGCCUCCUGGGGACAGGCCCCCUGUCUCCACCCAGUCCUGGCGUCACACACGGAGAGCUGAUCUGACGUGGGCCCUUGGUGGAGUGGUCUCACCCCUGUCCCCUCCUUACCUUUUGAGCCUUUCUUCUCCCUCCAGGCUAUAUGCUGUGUUCUCUGGGCCAGUGGCCCGUGCACACAGUGGGAAGCGCUCUCCGUGGGAGGUGCUGGCCUUGGGAAGGGAGUCAUCCCGGCCUACAUCACAGACAAAGUUCUGCUAAUGCCCCCGCACUGCCAUUUGUCCAGUGCCUCAUGUUUUCUGAGUUUUCCCCACCAGUUUCUUGUCCCUAAAAAACAAGCUGGAUUUUGGCUGAACUGUGCUUUCUCAACAGAAGCACUUUUGCAGUUGAUCCUGGGCAGAAAGUCAAAAUAAGCAUUUAAGUAGAGAUUUUAUUUUUCAAAUGUACAUGCAUAGGAAAUUUCAUUUUUUCACCAGAGGGUCUCACGGAGUGUAUUUUAAGUGCAUUAUUAUGCCUCAAGGGGCCAGGCAGGCCUUGCACGAACUUUCAGAAAAAUCUUCUCAGGGUGCUCAGUCCCCCUUGGAAAGAGCAUUUUCUUCCUGAUUUUACAAUGAAAAUGCUGUGGGGACUUCAGAAAGAAAGUCCAUCCUGGGGACCUCAAACAAACAGAUCUUUCUCCAAGGAAGUGGGCUUCUUCAGGAACAGCGAAGAAGAAUCACGGUUGGGGGCGCGAGGCCUGGCAGACCUCGGGAAGGUCUCGAGAAUGAAGGGGAGGGCUGCUAAGGAAGAGCCCGUUGGAGGAGACUGGCACGUGAAAGUGUACUAGCUUUUCUUUGUUCUUCCCUUCCCUUCCUGUUUUUUCCUCACCGAAGGAUGUUUUUAUUGACUUUAGAGAGAAAGGGGGGAGAGAGAGACAGAGAAGUGUAGAUUGGAUGCCCCCCAUAUGCGCCCCCACUGGGGACUGAACCCACAACCUGGUGUGUGUGUGCCCCGACUGGACCGGGCAGUGCUCCAACCCACUGAGCCUCGGGCUGGGGCUGGAAUGACUUUGCAUUGACUGGGUCAUGGCAGCCUCCCAUUGGCUGAGCUGUUACUGGGCCAGGAGAAAUCUUUUCUUCCUCCUGCAGAGGUGAGAAAGCAGCAGCAUGUCCUGUCACAGACGCAGGGUACCUUCCUAUUGGGGUCAUGCCUCAAGGGACCCACGUCUGAGAGAUCCCCCUUCUAGCCUCUGGGCUCCACUCCCAAAGAGGUUCCUGUUGAAUGAUUCCCACUGUCCUGGGGUUUGCUCGUUAAGUGCAGGCUGCACCCUCCUCUGCACAGCCGGUUUCUGACCAUUCGUUCCAGAGCAGCAACCCGACCAUCCCUACCCCUCAGUCUCUUUGCCUUUGUUUGAGUUUGUCGUUUUGUCCAGAACACAUCCUGUAUAUAGCAUGUUCUUGUUUACUUUUUGUUGACGUUUUUAUUGUUGAUUUGCCACCAUUAGAAUAGCAUUCCAGGGGAACAGGAAAUAUUUCUCUGCCUAGCCUUUUCACUCCCCGCAGUACCCCAGCUGCAAGAACAGCUCCUGGCAAAUGCAUGGCAACUCAGGAAAAACGUAACCUGCAAGCGGAUCCAUCCACGCCGAGAAAGGGAGAAGCUGCAUCCUGCCCCUACCACCCUCAGCCCUGUGUCCAGCGGCGCUUGACGCCAGCCGCUCGGGCUGCUGAGCCACACACGUCAGGAACACUGCCUCCGGGCCAAGCUGGGUUGCCUGGGUUUUUCUGUCACUCACAGACAGAGUAAUCUAGAUUUAUUGGUAUUUCAACUUUAUCCUUUUCAUGCUUGUGGAAAAUGAGAAUAAGGAACACUAAUGCUCACGUGCCUGAAAUAAAAGCACCCCAAAUGUAA